UUUGACUAACUUCACAUCGGUGUGCUCUCAAAACAAAUACGUGCGUCGUGCGGUCCAUUGUUUAUCGUUCAUAAAAACAAAAUAAACGUGACCCACAUUUUUGUGAGAGUCCCAUUGGAUUCUAUUUCGAGAUAUUUGUAGGUUUUCAACUUCGAUUUGCAUUACUAAGCGUUCGUUGCGCCGCCGCCAUGGAAGUCGAGAAUUUCGCUUCCGAUUCUGAAAACGUGGCGGUAGACGAUAACGAAAAGCCGGUUGUAGACGAAGGCGCCGGAGACGCGGCCACCUCCCAUUCGGAGCGCCUGCGACGCAAAAAUAAGAAGUUUUGGCGCUCUAAUAGCAAGGAGGGACCGGUGAACGCGACGGCUGUGACGCCGCUGCCUAAGUACCGUAGCUGGAAGAACAGCCGCAGGCCUCGAAACGGCCAUGGAAGAGGCCUGCCAAAGAAAGGUGGCGCCGGCGGCAAGGGGGUGUGGGGCGCCCCGGGGUCUGAACUCCUUGAGGAGUACGUGGAAGACGCCAAUGACCCCAACUAUGACUCGGAGGCCAUCACCAACGGCGAUGUGGAGUUUAAGCAGAUCAUCGUCGAGGCUGAGCCUGAGGAAGUCGUGCGCAAAUCCGAGCCGGUUAUACUGGAGUACUUCGAACAUGGUGACACAAACGCAGCGGCUGAAGAUUUCCUAGAAUUCGUCACCAGCAAGAGAUCUCAUUUAGUUUGCGAGACGAUAGUGGAAAUAGCCCUGGACCACAAGCCGUCGCACUGUGAGAUGGCAUCCGUGCUCAUUUCUGAUCUCUACGGCAGAGUGUUCUCCGCUAAAGACAUUGGUGUUGCAUUCGACCGUCUCCUAGAAAAGUUACCGGACCUAGUCCUGGACACACCGGACGCGGCUGUGUUGCUGUCUAACUUCAUAGCGCGGUGUGUGGCCGAUGACUGCCUGCCGCCGCGGUUCGUGCAGACCGCCAUGGACAAAACUGACGCUAAUGCUCAUGCCAAACAAGCUAUUCAAAGAGCGGAGACAUUGCUGUCCAUGAAACAAGGAAUGGUCAGACUCGAUAACAUAUGGGGAGUUGGAGGAGGUAUCAGGCCAGUAAAAUCCCUGAUCCGUCAGAUCCAGCUACUGCUGAAGGAGUACCUGACGUCCAGCGACCUGACCGAGGCCAUGCGCUGCGUCAGGGACCUGGAGGUGCCGCACUUCCAUCAUGAGCUCGUAUAUGAGACGGUCCUGCUGGCGCUGGAGACGGUGAACUCUAGCGUGGAGGAGCAGCUGUGUACCUUCCUCGCGGAGCUCAGCCGCCGCGGCAUCGUCACACCAGACCAGAUGGACAGGGGCUUCCUCCGCGUGCUAGAGGACAUGAGCGACAUCGUGCUGGACGUGCCGCUGGCGUACAUCAUGCUGGACAGGUUCAGCGAGCGAUGCCAGCACAAGUUCCGUCUCGGAGACCACGUGCUCAAGCGCAUGCCCACCAGAGGUCGUAAAAGGUUCGUCUCGGAAGGUGACGGCGGCGUAAUCAAAGAUCACGCGCUGAAACUACGCGAGUAAACACAAGCAUUUGUCUGCGAAGCCCUGCCACUGUCACUAUGGAGCCCUAACCACCAACAUUGCGAAGCCCUAACCACCAACAACAUUGGGAGCCGUAACCAACACCAUUGGGAGCCCUAACCAACGACAUUGGGAGCCCAAACCAACAGCAUUAUUGGGAACCCUAACCACCAACAGUAUUGGGAGCCACAACCAAUAACAUUGGGAGCCCUAACCAACAGUACUGCAAUGCCGUCACCCUUGUAAGAACAAUUUUAUUUCAACACUUUGUACAUUAAAAUAAUCCUAAAAACUAGCAGGUAUAGUCAAGUCAAAAACAUUUUUCAGAAUAAUAAAAUUGACUUAAAAAAUAACUUAAAUAUUUAUGGCCUUACUACAAAAACUUUAACCACUGUUUUACACUUGUCUAAAAAAAUGUGGCUCCAAAAUGAACCAUAUGUCAACGUCAUAAUUUGACAUUUUUUUAGACAAGUCUUAAACUGACGUUAAAAAGUUUUUGUGGUAAGACGGAAAUUGGUUAACUAGUAACAGUUAUAAUAGGUAUUUGAAAUAAAAGAAAAGUAAUUAGUUCGAUUAUUAGAUAACCCUAAAAUAAUGGACACGUAUUUUUGUUCUAUUAAUAACGAACCAGACAAGAAAUAUUUUAUUUUCAAUUUUGAAUUUAUUAACUUCAUAAUUUCAAUGUAAAAACUAUAUAAAAAGGCUCUAUAAGUAUCCAGUGGCAUUUGGCAAGCUACACUUAAUGUGUUUUACGAGGAACUUACCUCCGAUAUUCUCGUCUUAAUACAUAGACAUAUUAGAGUUACAUACGAAAGAAUAAAAAAAGCUUUUUCUAGACAUUUUUUCUUAAAAAAAAUGUUGAUGUUUUCAAUGUCAUCAAUUUUAAACAACGCUUUACGGUCACUCCCAAUAAUUUAUCUCUGGAUUUGGUAACUAGAGAUAGAAUUUUAACGUUAGCCUCAUACAAGUAAACUGUAGGUCCCGGCUGUCAUUGAACAUCAUUGGCAGUCGUUACGGGUAGUCAGAAGCAAGUAAGUCUGACACCAGUCUUACUCAGGUAUUGGGUUGCCCGGGUAACUGGGUUGAGAAGGUCAGAUAGGCAGUCGCUCCUUGUAAAGCACUGGUACUCAGCUACAUCCGGAUAGACUGGAAGCCGACCCCAACAUAGUUGGGAAAAAGGCUAUGAGGAUGAGUCUCAUACAAGGAAUGUGAAAUUCCUAUCUCUAGGUAAGCAAACUAUAGAUCAGAUAGAUUAUUGAAAUCGGCCGUUAGUUUUGGCAUCACGAUUUUGUAUUCGAACUUAUUAAAUGUCGCGGGUUUGUCCGUGUAUUGUCCGUGUGUUAAUUUUUAAGGAUUGCAAUAAUAAUACCAAAAUUAAAAAUUUAUUGAAAAGUGUUCUGAUACAAAAUCGUAGUGUAUGAAACACUAAAUAAUAAUAAUUAGAUAAUGCUAUUUGGUUUGAUAUUACUGAGUUAAUAAUAUUUGUUAUAAAAACACUUAAAAAUAGGACUUCAAUAAACUUAAAACCUUCUAAUUCUAAAAAAUGUCAUGCUGAAAACCGAACCAAAAACGGUUCAGCCAUACGCGAGAUAAUCGCGCAUAAGCAUAACUAAAUAAAUGCGAUUUUACUUCCAAAAUCUUUUUUUUUUCUAACAAUAUUUUUUUAGUAAUAAAAAAUCAUAUAGCCGUCAAAAAGCGUUGGUAAAUAAUCACAUUAACUUGAAAAUAAGAGUUAAUGAAAUAAUAAAUACAUAUAUAUAUAUUAAAAAUUCUUACAUACAUCGCCGGUACAUAGGGCGACUGAUAUUUUUUCAUACGCGAAUAGGAUAGAUUUGUAACUUAGUUUAUUUUUUCUUUUUAUUAAGUCUAAAUGUACGAUUUUACAUAGAUAAUGUAAUAUUUUUGAAGGUAUGUGUAAGAGUUUUUUUUUUUUUUAAUUUACUCAAUAAUGUUAGUUUUUUGAGAAAAAUCAACUGUGAAAAUCUUUUUUCUUUUUCUUGAAACAAAAAUUUAAAAAAUUUCGUUAACAUACAUUUCUUGGAAAUCAGUGAUAUAUGUUGCGUUUAUGCAUUUUUUUUUUUUUUCAAAAUUAAUUUGUAACGAAAUCAUAUUAAAAUUACUUUUUAACUACCUAGCUUUGUCUUCAUAAUAAAAUAUAUUAAUAUUAUCUAUGUAAAAUUGUACAUUUCAAGUAAAUAGUGCGAACGGACUGCAGUAUGUAAGAAUGGUCAUAUUGAUUAUAUACAUUAAAUCUAUACAAAGAAAUAAACUCAUUUUUUUAUACGAGCAAAUUAUGUCGGAAAAAAAUAUCAAGUUUUCAAGACAGUUUUGAAUUUUUACUUUUUGGGAACUAUCCUGCGCAACUGCAUAAAAAGUAGCCUAUAUUGUCUUUUGAUAAAUGGGCUAUCAAACACUAAAAGAAUUCUUGAAAUCGGACCAGUAGUUCCUGAGAUUAUCGCGUUCAAACAAACUCUACAGCUCUAUAAUAUUAGUAUAGAUUUAUUUAUAUGAUCAAUAUGUACCCUCUUUUUAAUUUAGAACGCACUUAGACGAUAUUAUUUUUUCUCUUAUUAUUUUUUUUUUAACAUAUUUUUAAAUGCUAUAGUACAAUCCGAUUUGUGUUUUCAAAAUUAUAAGUUUUUGGUGGUCUCCAACUAAAUACCUUUUUUGUCUUAAUAAACAUAUUAUAUGCUUUAUUUUAUAUAUUUAACUAUAACGAUAACCGAACCAUUUUCAUUUGUCAAAUCGCCGAUGUGAGCAAUGCGCGGCAAGUAUACGGCUGGCUAUGGUUUGGUUAUCGUUAUAGUUAAAUGGUCUUAGUAAUAUGUUUAUUAAGUAAAAAUGGCUUUAGUACGAAAAAAACAUAUUCUAAAUGUAUUUUUAAGGCCACCAAUAAUUGUCUUUUUGUUUUUUAAAAUGAGAAUUGUGUUACAAAAGAUUCCAAAAUUGUAGGCAUUUAUUUUGAAAACUUAAAAUGAGUUUUUAAGCAUUGUUUUAUACAAUACAAAUAAAUUGGCAACGACAGGUAUUCGAUCUUACCAUACAGUUAAAUAAAACCGAAAGAAGUCCGUAAUGGAAUAUAAAAAAGUGCAACCUGAUUUAUAUUUUGUCUCAAGAAGCCUUUAAUAUUUAAAAGUAUAAUAUAAUGCUUAACUCAUUUGAAAAAGUUUUUUUUUGUGUUUAAAUAUGUCUGUAUGAGUGUGUGAUUGGCUGUAAUUGCUGAUUUCGACUUGAUAAUUGAUGUUCGAAGGUUUAAAAUAUAAUAUUUCAGCUGUGUUGGUCUUCCGCGGUCCUGUAGAAAUUAACCGAGAGAAUUCUAAUUACAAAAUUGUAUAAUUUUCUAUGGCAAGACUUUACACGGCAAUUAUUUAGAACAUCUUAAAAAAACUAGCUUUUAGUCCGAUUUCACGGACAACAUAAACUUCAGUGAACUUGGUUUUAAUGUUAUUUUAAAACAUUCAUUUAUCAAGUCGAAUUUAGUCUAAAAAAAAUUGUAUUGAAUUUUUGUUCCCCUGUCAAGAUUGGUCAAAAUUUUCAAAAGUCUUUGUUUGUUUUCUGGUGUCUCUCGUCUCGGUUUGUUUUCAACAUCUUUACCGCCCUGAAGAUAGCAAUGCGGUGUUUGCGCACUGCGUUUUAAAUGCAUUUUUGUUUUUAUUUCAUUUUGAUGAAAUAUAUUCAUCAUUUCAGCAUUUUCAAGUUCCUAACAUUUUUGAAGACACCACUCAGUUGUAAUUUGUGUUAUUUUCGAAAAAAAUACAGUUUUGACAGGGUUGUUUUCUGUAAUUAAAUGACAAAAUUAACAAUAAGGUCCAUUUUGCCAUUACAAAUUUAAAAGUGCAUUUUAAAUUUAAGGUUUUUUUUUUAAUGAGCGUUUACAAUAGGUCUGUCUUCUGUCUGUGUGUAUAUCACCUUUGACUAGAUUUUCUCUAUAUACCCCCCAUUCUUGAAUAUGUAACCCCCCUUUUAAAAAUUAGGAUAAUGUAGGCAGAUGAUAGACCAUUGUGUAUUCAAAUGAUACGAAAUUUCAAUUAUUUUGACCAAGUUUUUAAUAUUGAGUGUACAUUUCACGGAAAAUGGUGUGCCCAGUAUAUUUUCUGUUACAUUUAAAAAUUAAAGGUUGUCUGAACAUGCCUUUUCAGUUUCCUGCCUAAGUAUACUGGGCGUUCUGUAGCAAAGUAUUAAAAUUUCGUCUUGUUUCAAAGCGCUCAGUAGUUAUAAGUUGUAUUUUAAUUUGCGUAAGUUAGAGCCGAGAUUGUUAGCGCAGUCUAUUGUAAAUAAAACGAGGCAAAUAUAUAGAAUGUUUCACUUU